AUGGGGUCUAUUCAAGGAGGUUCUCCACCAACAAACGGCGGCUCUGCCAACUCACCCAAUCACCCGGUCUCAACCCCAACCGCAGCAGACAACCAAAGUUUCAAGCCCACAGCUUGUGUGGCUUGUCGUGAAAAACAUUUGAAAUGCGACGCAUUGAGAACGUGCACUCGCUGCGCAGUGCAAGGUAUACCUUGCGUCUAUCUGAAGUCCCGCCGUGGUUACAGAGGACCAAAUGCUUCAAGCAGACAAAUCUGUCUAUCAAAUGCAAGUGAUGCUGGCGGUGCAAUUUCGGAGCCGACUAAAGUCAAACCCUCGAGUAUUGCUUUGAUGCCGCCAGUAGCAGAUGAUGUUAUAUCUUUAUCACUCGAUCUUCCUCCAGUGAGCAACGAGGCAAAUUCGACCGGACUUUAUACUCGCCACUACCGACCUAACUAUACACAUCGGUGUAUGGAAGCCUUCUACCAAUACUUCUAUAAUGCACAUCCAUUCAUACCCCCACGGCACCAACUUCUCCGGGUACUUAAACAAACCCCAAUGGAACAUCUUCAGACCGCAAUAUCUUAUGUUGGAUCUCGAUACGUACCUGGAGCACCAAUAUCAUCUUUUGCUCUCGAAUUUGAAUCCUAUCUAUUAGGAAAUAAACCUGCACCGAAGGAUGCAUCUAUGGUACAAGCAAUGCUUCUGUUCGCUCUUGGACUGCAUGGUAACAACGAGCGGAAGCGAGCCGUUGAGAUUCUUGUCAAGGCACAAACCUUAGCUAUAGAGCUCGGAAUGAGCCAGCGGGAGUACUCAUUGGUCAAUGGACGAGGUUCACCAACCUGCGAGGAAAGCCUGCGGAGGACUUGGUGGGAACUAUAUGUUGUUAGCAUCAUGGUGGCGGGCUUUCAUGGGACUGGGACAUUUUACCAUCGAGACUCUCUGUCAAAUGUGCCUUUACCGUGUGAAGAAGACGAAUUUGCAUCAGGCUGUAUCCCGCAAUUACAUACAAUUGAACAGUUUAAUGAAGACUCUUUCGAAGACGAAGACAUAAUGUUCUCCUCAUAUGCAUACAGAAUUGCCGCAGCACAGAAUCUCGAUAGGAUACUACAGUCAAAGGAUUCUCUAUUCCCAGACGAUGUAGCGCUAUAUCAGUUGGAAGCGCAUCUAACUAACUGGCAUCUCCACCUCCCCGACAAUAAACGCGACUUGUUCGGCCAGUUUGGAACACUCGAUGAGAUGCUAUUCCAGGCUCACAUGAUCGCAAAUGUGAGCUCACUGUUACUUUACUGGGACUUCUCACCACUUGAUGGUCUUGCCGUGCGAACUAUUACCUCCUGCACAGAAGGGUCUGGAGUCCCGGCCAUAGGACCAACAUCAGAUGCCGUUUAUACUAGAAGAACUAUUCAAGCAGCAUCCAAUGUCAGCAAGCUGGUCACUCUCCCCGGACCCCUAGUGAAACACACGCAGUUCUUUGUCUGUGCACUCGCCCUUUCCUCUAUUAUCCACCUGUCACUCUGGGUAAAAUUGCCAGUGAUGGCACAGGACCAUGACCUCAAACAACAGAUACGAAUAAAUACAGGAGCUCUGAAAGCUGUGGCCUCGCUUUGGCCUUCUGCUGGAAUUGGUUUAAAGCAGGUGACAAUGGUUGCGCAGAACAUUUAUGCAAAUCGGAAAGAUGCUGCUGGUGAGAAGUUUUGGCGUGAUUUUAUCGAAGAUGAUCUUAUGGGCGAACUAAUCAAAGGCACCGUUAGUAUUGACACCUAG